GUGCCUCACGGUACGCGUGACGUAUGUAAGGUAUGUUGUGUCACAUAGCACGUGUAUAUAGUCACAUCGCGUUCGUCACAAAGGAAGCGCGCGUUUGUUUGAGCCACUAAUCAUGGCAAAGCAUAUUAAUAUCGUUAGUCUCCGCGCUCGAUAAAGGUCCAGAGACCUUUUGUACAAUAUGGCCCCGAAGUACCCUAAGAUCUCAGGUUUUGAACUUAUUCAACAAAUCGGCGGAGGCGGCUUCUCGAGUGUGUUCAGAGCCGUUCAUCUAGAGAGAGAUCAGGUGGCAGCAUGCAAAGUUAUCUUCAUCAAGGAGCAGACCACCGAGAAAGAACGCAAGGCUGUCGACAAGGAGAUGAAAAUUCAUGCGCUCCUCAAGCACAAGCAUGUCCUGGAGUUUCUACAUGCUGCCGUGGUAGAGCGCAAAUACAAGGAGCACUAUGUCCCUGGAGUAUAUAUGAUACUAGAGCUUGCUGGAGGAGGAGACCUCUUCGAUAAGAUCGCGCCGGAAGUCGGGAUCGGAGAGGAUGUGGCACACUACUAUUUCGGCCAGCUCCUGGCAGGGAUGGACUUUAUUCAUCGUGAAGGAGUUGUCCAUCGUGACCUGAAACCGGAAAAUAUCCUGCUUGAUGCAGCUGGUACCCUCAAGAUAUCAGACUUCGGUCUCGCAGUGGUCUACAAACUCAAGGAAACCGGCAAGACAAGACAAUUGAACGAAUUGUGUGGCAGCCACCCGUACAUAGCCCCAGAAGUUCACUACGGAACACCGUUUGAAGCAGAGCCCGUUGAUGUCUGGGGGAUUGGUGUCAUUCUUUUUACACUUCUCGCGGGAAAUACUCCUUGGGAUCGAUCCACAGCGCAAUCGCCAGAGUUCUGUCGGUAUAUCUCUGGGGAGAUAUUCAACGAGGCUCCUUGGAAUCGUCUAGGAGAAAAAGCCCUCUCACUCAUCUGUGGCCUCCUAACCAUCGAGCCGGAGAAGCGUAUGACGCUCGCCGAAGUAUUCGCUGACCCAUGGUGCACAAGACCAAGUCAACUUGCGAAGCAAGGCGCUGUCGCGCUUGCAGACCACUUGACUGAGUCUUUGAGGGCGAACGGGGACCUGAAAUACGCAAUGCCGGAUAUCGCGAGCUCUGCUGGAACUGGAAAAGAUAAAGACGAAGAUAAAGAUGGAGACGAGAUCAUGCUUUCCGCAACUCAUCAAUCCCAGUUCACCCAAUCCCUUCUGUUAUUCUCACAAACACAAUCAGGUCGCAGAUAUACACCUAACCUCACACGCUUCUAUACUUCUCUUGGGCCAGGGAUUAUGAUGGAACUCAUAAAGGAAUCUUUGACUGCCCUUGGUGUCAAACACAAAGACGGACCUACUGGUGAGGACGAGCGAGGGGAGAUCCUUCGGUUGCGCGUAGGGGGGUAUGAUAAACGGAGAAUCACAUACAAAGGCUGGGUCGAGCUCGAAAACUUCCGCUACGCAGAAACUGAUGGAAGCUUCUGCUUGAUGACUCGGGACGUCGGAAAUCCUAUUUCGUGGCGCCAGUUGUGGAAAUCACUAAUUCAGUCGCCAGCCGUGGAUCCUCAUGUGCUCCGCAAAUGACCACAGUUUGUGUUUCAUGGUCAAGGAAUACCGCAUUUGCGCUAUGGCGCUCAACACUAUGAUUUUAUGUUAGCCUUUAUCUAUUCACAUGGACUCAUCUCUUUAAAAUGUUUGCGAGAUUCUCUCUUGCUGCCAUGCACAUGAUCUAAUUGAAUGCUUCUAUAUGCCAAACAACUAUUACACCAAGACGAUCUGUUUCCUCGACAGUCCGUUGGUUGUCGAGAGACACCGAGGUAGUUCGCUUUCCUCGAAUCCUACUACGGUUGUCGAUUCAAACCUUUUUGUUUCUUUGUAACAUCCCAAUACGACAGAGCCCCUUUGAAAUUCUGUUCUGGUAGG